AUGAAGAAAAUAGUCUUAAAAGUGGUUAAACAGUGUUGCGGUACAGACGGUGUCGAACCCUCGUAUAUCAAAGAGGAGGUUUUGCCACACUUUUUCCGCCACUUCUGGAACCAUCGGAUGGCACUCGACCGCAGAAACUACCGACAAUUGGUGGACACGACUGUAGAGAUCGCCAACAAAGUGGAAGCGGCGGAAAUCAUUCACCGAAUAGUGGAUGACUUGAAGGACGAGAACGAGGCGUACCGUAAAAUGGUUAUGGAGACCAUCGAGAAGAUUAUGUCCAAUUUAGGCGCCGCUCAGAUCGACUCACGACUCGAGGAACAGCUUAUCGACGGAAUUCUAUACGCAUUUCAGGAACAGACGACCGAAGACUUGGUUAUGUUGAAUGGUUUCGAUUCGCACGCAUAG